UUCAGACGGAUUAUCUGAAGGUAACAUAGAAGGGUUUGACAGGAUAGUAGUUGGACGCUGCAAAUUGACAUGUGUCUUUUUAUUUUAACAGUAAAUGUACUCAAGAAAAAGCUUACUUAAAGAAACAGUGGACAGGUUUUUGAUUUGACCUAAAUUUGCAUUGUUUCCAGAGAGAUUCCUCAGGUUAUGUACAGGUUAACUGGCUAAUCCAACGAGAUAACUAGUUAAAUCCGUGGUUGCUAAUUAUUUUCAGACACGUAUCCUCUGAACACCGUUAAAAAUGGUAGGAGGAGUGUCCUACUGCAACGACCGUUACGAUUAACAACGACAAAGUAACCACAACUCGAACGUUUUUUUUAGUUGGACAUGUUCAAGACUGAAUACAAACUCAUUUAUUUUCCGUAAACUGAAUGAUAACCUGCUAGUUUCGUCUGAAAUGCGGACUAAACUUGAAGUGGUGAAACGGAAACGUGACGAGGCUGCUGGUGAAUGUGAAAGGGUCACUUCUUGUUCAGCAGAGCAGAAACAUUAGGUGUCAGUGUGCCGCUCCUCAGGGCAUGAAACUUCUACCCAAGUUUUCACCGAGGAAGGAAGCGACAACAUGGCACUCUGCGGAAGAAGGCACCGACCAAAGAUACUUUUCUCUCUCUUGAGUGUCACUUUAGUGGGAUAUCUAGUGUUUUUCAGGCACAAAUCAGUGGACGUGAGUGUGACAAACCGUCGAGAGCCCCACGGGGAGCAAGAGGUGGGAAAUGAAGAGCUAAAGAAACCCGUCUAUGAGAGGCCCCCCAUGGAUUUAUUAGCCCUUGGUGAAAUGGGGAGAGCCGUCAAACUGAAUCUGAACGGAGAGGAGAAGAUAAAAGAGGAAGAAAGCAUCAAAAAACAUCAGAUAAACACUUAUGUCAGUGAUAAAGUGUCGCUACACCGCAGUUUGCCAGAGAGAUGGAACCCACUUUGCAAAGAGGUGGAGUAUGACUACAGGUCCCUUCCAACAACCUCCGUUGUCAUCACCUUCUACAACGAGGCCUGGUCCACCCUGUUGAGGACGGUCCACAGCGUCCUGGAGACGUCUCCGGACAUCCUGCUGAAAGAGGUGGUGCUGGUGGACGACUACAGUGACAGAGCUCAUCUGAAGGGGCCAUUGGAGCAGCACAUCUCGGGUUUGAGGAAGGUGCGUUUGAUCCGGGCCACCAAGAGGGAGGGGUUGGUGCGUGCCCGGUUGCUCGGGGCAUCCAUUACCACGGGUGAUGUGCUGACCUUCCUGGACUGUCACUGCGAGUGUCAUGACGGCUGGUUAGAGCCUCUGCUUCACAGGAUCAAAGAGGAGCCUUCGGCGGUGGUGUGUCCUGUCAUUGAUGUGAUCGACUGGAACACUUUCCAGUAUUUAGGGAACUCUGGUGAACCUCAGAUUGGAGGCUUUGAUUGGCGGUUGGUCUUUACCUGGCACACUGUCCCAGAAUAUGAACAGAAACGCCGUCGAUCGCCUAUUGAUGUCAUCAGGUCUCCAACUAUGGCAGGUGGUCUGUUUGCUGUGAGCAAGAACUACUUCCAUUACCUGGGAACAUACGACACAGGCAUGGAGGUGUGGGGGGGGGAGAACCUGGAGUUCUCCUUCAGGAUUUGGCAGUGUGGAGGCAGCCUGGAGGUCCACCCAUGCUCCCAUGUGGGCCACGUGUUCCCUAAAAAGGCCCCCUACUCACGCAGCAAAGCUCUGGCAAACAGUGUGAGAGCCGCUGAGGUCUGGAUGGAUGAAUUCAAAGACGUCUACUACCAUCGAAACCCCCACGCACGACUGCUGAAGAGCCGCGGCAAAUCCAACUACUGUUUCGACUACAACCCUUCAGACGAGCACAACGUGGUGGGACAAAGAGUCAUCCUGUACCAGUGUCACGGCAUGGGGCAGAACCAGUUCUUUGAGUACUCCACAGAGGGUGAGAUCCGCUACAACACCAGGGAGCCUGCUGGGUGUGUUGUGGGUGACCCCAUCAGCACCUACCUGACCCUCCAGCUGUGUCGGAAACGAGGACAACCCAUGCCUCAAGACCAGAAGUUUGUCCUCCGGGAGGACGGUAACCUGUACCAUGAGCUGAGCCAGAAGUGUGUGCAGGCGGUAGACAAGACAGAAAACGGGACCCCAGCCCCCUCACUCCAGCCCUGCUCCGACAGCCCGCACCAGAAGUGGUUCUUUGAGGAGAGAAUGUAAUGGUAUCAAACUAGCAGAUAUUUCUAUUUUUCAUUCAGGGCUGAUAUCCUGUGGAGGGAUAUGUUUUCCACACAUUUUUGUGCCAGCUGGACUCAAUGGACCAAUUAGAAAUGAUACCGACAAGUACUUACUUUAAGUACUUUGUAAAUAUAUAGGGAGAUAUUUGUUCUAGGAUGCUGUUGCUGGGAGACAGGAGCCAACUGAAAUAUGCAUAGUUUUUUCUAAUCAAGAAGGCACUUGACAAUUAUUGAGAACCUGAAAUUGUACAUGCUGAUAUUUUUCAUUUUUUUCUCCUUUGCACACGUCUCUAGUGGGCAAUCUUUUAGCUCAACUUAGCACUUGCUUCACGCACACAUGGACACUGAAACGUCUGUGUGUCGGUCUUAAUGAAAAUAACAGUUUUACACCUCUUUUAACAAACUCAAAGCCCCUCAUGUGCUAGUGGCUGACAUUUGCAGAGCCGCAUCAUGAGGCAUUUUCAAAAUGUUUCAACUUCUCCUGUAGAGGGGGCCAACGCUCCUCUCUGCAAGUUCCUCUCUUUCACUGUUUUCUCUCUUCGUAGAGAGAAAGUUGGAGACAUAUUCAGGUAUUUCGUUGGGAAUCUUUUGAGUGCUUUAUACUCUUACACACAGUGGCUUAGGAAAAGCCUUAAAGGGGACCUAUCAUGCAAAAUGCACUUUUUGAUGUCUUUUAUACAUAAAUAUGUGCCCCCGGCGUG